AAGCUGCGCGUGCGCGAGCCGCCCGGCAGCUGUGAGGCGCGUGAGACGCGGUAGCACCCGUUUUCCUAGCGCUUAUCGGUCGUUCUGCCAAGCCUCUGGUCUGGGUCCGGGGCCACCAUGGGGAAGGUGAAUGUGGCCAAGUUGCGUUACAUGAGCCGGGAUGACUUCAGGGUUCUGACCGCGGUUGAAAUGGGCAUGAAGAACCAUGAGAUCGUUCCCUGCAGUUUGGUUGCUUCUAUAGCCAGCCUUAAACAUGGUGGUUGUAAUAAAGUUUUAAGAGAACUAGUAAAACACAAACUCAUAGCUUGGGAGCGAACCAAAACUGUCCAGGGCUAUCGGUUGACAAAUGCAGGCUAUGAUUACCUAGCUUUGAAAACACUUUCUUCUAGACAGGUGGUUGAGUCUGUUGGAAACCAGAUGGGUGUUGGCAAAGAAUCUGAUAUUUACAUUGUUGCAAAUGAAGAAGGGCAGCAAUUUGCAUUAAAGCUUCACAGACUGGGAAGAACCUCAUUUCGAAAUCUGAAAAACAAGCGUGAUUAUCAUAAACACAGGCAUAACAUGUCUUGGCUUUAUUUAUCUCGUCUCUCUGCCAUGAAAGAAUUUGCUUAUAUGAAGGCAUUGUAUGAAAGGAAAUUUCCAGUUCCAAAGCCAAUUGAUUAUAAUCGCCAUGCAGUGGUCAUGGAACUUAUAAAUGGCUAUCCUCUAUGUCAGAUACACCAUGUUGAAGAUCCUGCAUCAGUAUAUGAUGAAGCUAUGGAACUAAUUGUUAAACUUGCAAAUCAUGGACUGAUUCAUGGAGAUUUCAAUGAAUUCAAUCUCAUUUUGGAUAAAAAUGACCAUAUCACCAUGAUCGAUUUUCCACAAAUGGUUUCAACUUCUCAUCCCAAUGCUGAAUGGUAUUUUGACAGAGAUGUUAAAUGCAUUAGAGAUUUCUUCAUGAAACGUUUCAGCUAUGAAAGUGAGCUUUUCCCAACCUUCAGUGACAUCAGGAGGGAGGACUCUCUUGAUGUAGAGGUUUCUGCUAGCGGCUACACAAAGGAAAUGCAGGCAGAUGAUGAACUACUUCAUCCAGUAGGUCCAGAUGAUAAAAGUAUUGAAAUAGAGGAGGGAUCUGAAUUCUCAUUUUCUGAUGAAGAGAUGUCAGAAAAAGCAAAGGAUUGUAGAUCAGAAAAUGAAAGUGGACGAAACUCUGUAGGUGAAUCAGUUGACUGCUGUUGCCGAUCAUCUGGAGACCUUGAACAAAUAAAAGAAAGUUUAUCAGAGGACAGUGCUGUUGCACACAGUUUUGAAAUGACUGAAUUUAAUCAAGCUUUAGAAGAAAUAAAAGGACAAGUUGUUAAAAACAAUUCUGUCACGGAGUUUUCUGGGGAGACUAGCAGAACUGAACAUGACACCAAACAAGAUAAUAAGACAGGUCAAGCUGGAAUCCUCAUGAACUCUGAGAAGUAUGAAGAUGAGUGCCCUCAUCUGAUUGCCUUGUCAUCAUUAAACAAAGAAUUCAGGCCUUUCAGAGAUGAAGAAAAUAUGGAAGAUACUAAUCAACAUAGAACAAGAACUCUGAGUGUUACUUCUGUAGGCAGUGUUUUAAGCUGUUCAACAAUUCCUCCGGAAUUGGUGAAACAGAAGGUGAAACGUCAGUUGACAAAACAGCAGAAGUCAGCUGUGAGACGACGAUUGCAGAAAGGAGAAGCAAAUAUAUUUACCAAGCAACGGAGAGAAAACAUGCAAAAUAUUAAAUCAAGUUUGGAAGCAGCUAGCUUUUGGGGAGAGUAAUAUAUUUAAGAACUUGAAUAUUUUUCAGAAAGUUACUAUGAUCCCUUUUUAAGCCACCUUUAGUAUUUUUUGGACCAAGGCAGAUAUAUAUAAAUAGGUAAAUAAAUGCUCUUUCAUUGAUAAAUUUGAUUCAUUCAGUACGUGUCCUCUAAAGAAUAACUAUAGUAAUUCUGCUAAAGCAAAUCAGUUUUCCAAGUAAUUUUUGUUAGGAAUAUUUGAGUAUUUUUUAAAAUCUAAAUAUCACUUUUUAUUGUUUUUUGUUUUCUACCACAAAAAGGUAGAUUGUUUUGAGGAUUAUAUGAGACAGUGUACAGAAAGCACUUAGAACAAUGCCUAGCGCUUUAAAAGUGUAGUUAUUGGAAUAAUUAUAAUGAUGUUUAUCUUUCAGAAAAUCUGCUAAUGACUUGGUUGCAUUUUAUUUAGCCACUGGAAGAAUUCACUGCCAUCUGUUUUUCUAGUCUCUAGUGUUAAGGAUAAGCCAGUAAUGUCUACUUUUAUUUUCAAUUUGUAAUGUGGUCGUGGGAACAGAAACUUGAGAUAGUCCCACCAUGAUUUUUACAGUUUCCGCUUUUUAUGCAGUCUGAGCAGAAGGACAAGACUUAAGGGUGAGGGAAAGUAGAAGGGAUGAGAAGUGAAAAGUUCUUUCUGAUAUUCUUAACUAGAUGGGUCUAGAACAUAUUUCACAUCAAAGACAACAAAUAUCAUUGACCCUUGAACAACAUGGGUUUGAACUGCGAGAGUCCACUUAUACAUGGAUUUUUUUUUUCAAUAAAUACAGUACUGCGUGAUCUGAGGUUGGCUGAAUCUGCGGAUGUGGGAGGGCUGACUAAAGUUAUAGGUGAAAUUUUCUACUGGGUUGGGGGGUCCGUGCCCCUAAGUCCUGCAUUCAGGGAUCAGGUGUACUCACUACACUGGUUGCAGAAAGAAAGAAAAUACGUAAGGCAUGGUUUCUCCUUCAGAGACUUUAUAAUCCAAUGAGAUAUGAAAAGGGGUUCUUAGAUACAUGCAACUGAUGAUAAUCCAGUCUCUUCAGCAUCAGUGUGGCCCAAAAGAGGGAUGUCACCUGCAGUGAAAAAUGGCCACUAGGUGGCAAUGUCACCCCACAGUCACCAGCCAGGAUGUCCUCGAAUUACCUGCAUCUAGUUAAUAUUGGCCAGGAGAUGCUACAGCCAGUUCUUUUCCAAGAUUGACAAUGACAGCAGAUUCCCUUUAACCUUUGCAAAAUUAAUUCUACUGUUCAUUCACAAGAUCUAUAUAAUAAAUUCAUUUUAAUAAUAUAGAUGCAAGAAAAUGUCAAAUCCAGUUCCCUUGAAAAUGAUACUAAUUUUGAAAAUAUUUACAUAGAUUUGAAUUUUACAUAGCUUUAAAUUCAGGUAUUCAUUUUUGAUAAUAUGUCUACUUUAAAGCAUUUUAAUAACAUAAUUGAAGACUAAUAAAACCACAGAAUGUUUAUUUUGAAAUACAUUUUCAUAUAUUAAAAGUUUCAAAAACAAAUUGGGAAUGAAACCGUAUGACUUCACACUACUCAGCUUUAUUCAGUUGGCUCUGUCCACUUUUGGGUACCUAUUACAUAAAAAACUUAAUUACUGUUUGAGGAAUUUAGAAGGCAAAUAAACAUAGUGCUUACUCUUAAUAGCCUAAGAUUUCCUGUAAGUCACAGAACAAAUUAGUCAAAUGUACAAAGCUAAACAAACUAUUCUGGGUCCAAUCAAUAAUGAUAUUUAAAAGAUGUGUUCGAGUAGCCAUCAGUUAGAAAUUAGAGACCUUGCUUUAUCCGACAAGAUGUAACCCUCACAUUUUAAAAACGUCCAUAGUGAGCAAUAAGAAAAAUGUUAAGUCUACUACUAAUGUAGUAAAACUAUAUUGUGACUCAAAACACUUGUUGAAUCUGGGAGUUUCAGAUUUAAAUCC